UCAUCAGCAGGAAGCAGCAGUAGCAGAAGAAGAACAAGGUCGGUGAGAGGAUCGGCAUGUUACGUGACUAGUAACUUCAUAAUAACAUUCACAUGAAGACAGGGUUAUCUGCGAGCUCGAGAUCAUGGUGCUGCAGGUACUCAGGCUCGCGCUGUCGUGUCGCUGUCAAACUGCGAGCAAAUAUGUACAACAGAUACAGCGAACCCCUUUGCGGCAGUGGCUGCUGAAGAGAGGACAGACCACAGAAGGUGGACAUGUGUCCGUCAGGACGGCGUCGAUGCCCAGCGCGGCGAGCGAUCGAGUGCUGAGUGAUCGAGUGCUGGGCCGUUGGCUGGUGGGCUGCAGCGGGCUGGUGCUGGGUGCCGUGGUCCUGGGAGGGGUCACCAGAUUGACGGAGUCCGGUCUGUCUAUGGUUGACUGGCAUUUAGUGAAAGAGAUGAAGCCACCGCGGACUGAAGCUGAGUGGGAAGAUGAGUUCUCCAAGUACAAACAGUUCCCAGAGUUCAAAAUCUUGAAUCAUGACAUGACUCUGACAGAGUUUAAGUUCAUCUUCUACAUGGAGUGGGGUCACCGCAUGUGGGGCCGGCUGGUUGGACUAGCUUACAUUCUUCCUACAGUGUAUUUCUGGAAAAGAGGAUACUUCAGCCGCUCCAUGAAGCCUCGUGUUUUGGGCCUGUGUGGCUUUGUCUUCUUCCAGGGUCUUCUGGGAUGGUACAUGGUGAAGAGUGGUCUGGAGGAGAAAACCGAAUCGUACGACAUUCCCCGUGUCAGUCAGUACAGGCUGGCGGCUCACCUGGGCUCCGCGCUGCUGCUGUACUGCUCCAGUCUCUGGAUGGGACUCACGCUCAUGCUGCCUGCCAGCAAGAUCCCUGACAGCAGGAAUUUGCUGCAGUUAAGGAGGUUUGCCAAGGCUACAGGCGGCCUGGUCUUCCUCACGGCACUCUCAGGUGCUUUUGUCGCUGGACUGGAUGCAGGUUUGGUUUAUAACUCCUUCCCAAAGAUGGGCGAGCGCUGGAUCCCUGAUGAUCUUCUGGCUUUUUCCCCAACCAUCAAGAAUGUGUUUGAAAAUCCCACCACGGUUCAGUUUGACCAUCGUAUCCUGGGCAUCGCCUCACUGUCAGCCAUCACAGGACUCUACCUCUUCUCCAGACGGGUCCACCUACCCAGACGGGUGAAGAUCGCGAUUGGCUGUCUCACAGCUAUGGCCUACACACAAGUGGCUCUGGGCAUUAGCACCCUGCUGCUCUAUGUUCCCACACCGCUGGCAGCCACACAUCAGUCCGGAUCAGUGGCACUGCUCACCUUCGCCAUCUGGGUCUUGGCUGAGCUGCGAAAAGUGGUCAAGUAGAGAGUUAUCAGAUUUCAUGCUAUAAUAUAUUUUAAUAAAAUAUGCUUUAGGCUUGUGAGCUUCAUCUUGUCUUUUUUUUUUUCUUUUUUUUUAUGCAUGGGUUUAAUAUGAACCCAGCACAUGGUAUAGUUGUGAAAUACAUUGAACUGUUUCAUUUUUAAAGCCUGUUUGUACAUGUUUGAUUUAUGCAAAAAAGGUGUUUGUACUGUGUGACUGCUUAUUUCAAACCAAUAAAAUUAUCAUCUGUA